AUGUCACUCAUUCUCUCUCCCUUUCUCUCUCUGUUUUUAUCUUUCUUUCUUUCUUUCUUUCUUUCUUUCUUUCUUUCUUUCUUUCUUUCUUUCUUUCGCCUUCACCUUCUCUCUCUUUCUCUCUAUCUCAUUUUCUCUCGCUCUCUCUUUCUGUUUAUUUCUUUCUUUAGUUAUUUAUUCUUCUUCCCUGUCUCUCUCUUUUUCUCUAUCACUCUUUCUCAUUCUCUUUCUCUUUCUCUCUUGCUUUCUCUCACUCACUUUCUCUUUCUAUCUCUUUCUUUCUCCUUCUCUAUCCCUAUCUUUCUUUCUUUUUUCUUUUUCACUUUCACACACUUUCUUUAUCUCUCUAUUUCUUUCGGAUUCCCUAUCUCUCUCUUUCACUCUCUCUUUCUUUCUGUCUUUCUUUCUACUUCUCUCUCUCUCUCUCUCUCCGUCUCUCUUUUUCUCCAUGUCUCCUUCUCUGUCUCUUUCUCUCUGGCUCUCUCUCACACUUUCACUCACAUUCUGUCUUUCUCACUGACUCUUUCUUUUUUUCUCACUCUCUCUGUUUCUUUCUUUAGCUCUUUAUUUCUGUCUCUUUUUUCUCUCUGUCUCUUUUUCUAUCUUCCUCUCUAUCUCUUUCUCUUUUUCUCUUUCCAUAUUUCGUCUUCCUCCUUCUAG